GAAGACGGAUGUGUGGGCAAUCAGUGAUCAUCAGAAAGACGGAUCUCUAGUAAUCAGUGAUCAUCUGAUGGCUGGGGAUGAGAUUGCCAUAAAAGCAAUAAAGCAUGCCAUGAGAGCCCUUAGGAAGCGGCAUUUGGAGGAGGAGGGAGCUCAUGCUCCCGCUUUUACAGCAAUUUCUAAACCUAUUGCUUCUCAGGGUAUGGUGUGGAAGGAUAAAGCAGAAACUCUUGAAUCAGAGCUUCAGCAAUGUUAUAAAGCUCAAGCUCGACUAUCUGAGCAGCUUGUUGUAGAAGUUGCGGAGUCCAGAGCUUCAAAAGCUUUAGUUCAGGAGAAAGAAGCCUUGAUUCCUAGUCUUGAAAAUAAGCUUUCUCAAGUAAGGGAUGAGUGUUCUCGUUUGACUGCGGUUUUGGAAGAAAAGACUAAAGCCCUAGAGUUGCUUAUCGGUGAGAAUCAGGAGCUCAGAGCUCAAUAUGAAGAAAUGAGAGCUAGAGCCAACAAUGCCGAGGCUGAAAACAAGACAUUAGUCGAUCGGUGGAAUUUGCAGAAAAUGGAGGAUUCUAAACGCCUUAAUGAGGCUACUGCUCUAUAUGAAGAUUUGCUUAGUAAGAUCAAGGCUAGUGGUCUGGAGCAACUCGCCAGACAGCAAAUUGAUGGUGUGGCCCGUCGUAGCGAAGAAGGUGCUGAAUACUAUGUAGAAUCAAUUAUACCUAAAAUAUGUAAGCACAGGAUCGUAGCUCAUGAAGGUGGCUGUGCAUCCAUAAUUUUCGACAACAGUUCUGGAAAAUUGAUCAGUGGUGGGCAAGACCAGACUGUCAAAAUUUGGGACACAAAUACCGGGUUGCUAACUCGAACCUACCAUGGUUGUUUAGGCUCGGUUCUUGAUCUUGCCAUCACUGAUGAUAAUAGAUGUGUAAUUGCUGCAAGUAGCUCAAAUAACCUGUAUGUAUGGGAUGCAAAUUCCGGACGGGUCCGCCAUACCCUCACCGGCCAUUUAGAUAAAGUAUGUGCGGUAGACGUGAGCAGGUUGUCGAGCCGCCAUGUUGUGAGUUCAUCUUACGACCGCACUAUCAAAUUAUGGGAUCUGAACAAAGGUUACUGCAUCAACACUAUUAUAUUCCCGAGUAACUGCAAUGCGCUUUCUUUCAGUGCAGAUGGCGAGACCAUUUUUUCAGGCCAUGUUGACGGACACCUGAGGUUAUGGGAUAUACAGACGGGGAACCUACUGAGUGAGAUUGCUGCACAUUCUCUUGCUGUUACGUCUAUUUGUCUGUCUAGAAAUGGCAAUAGAAUACUGACUAGCGGGAGGGAUAAUUUGCACAAUUUGUUCGAUAUAAGGAGUCUUGAAGUUUGUGGGAGGCUAGGAGCAAGUGGGAACAGAGUUUCGUCUAAUUGGAGCAGAUCGUGUAUUAGUCCAGAUGAUAAUUAUGUUGCUGCUGGAUCUGCCGAUGGGUGUGUUCAUGUGUGGUCGAUAUCUGAAGCUAACAUAGUGAGCACACUGAAGGAACACACAGCUUCAGUACUAUGUUGUUCUUGGAGUGGUCUUGGAAAACCCCUAGCCACCUCGGGCAGGAACGGAAUCAUCUGUAUGUGGAGUCAUUGACAUGAUGGAUCGUCUUCUUAACGUGGCAUUCAUAUAGCCCAUUCUUUGAAAAGAUAUCUUGUUGGAUUCUUUUGGCUUGUGUAAAUAUUGGUCUCACAUGAGAUACCCAAGCAGUCAAUUGGCAAGAUUGGGUGCAUCCAGAACGAGGAUAUGCAGACAAAUAUCGUUUUUUCUUGGAAUAUUCUUGCAACCGUUGGUGUUUGAGGUCAUCGUUUUUGGGUGACUGACAGGUGAAACCGUUGAAAGUACUUGUCUAACGAGUACAAGAACAAGGCUAUUAAAUUUGUUUCUUAUAUAUUCAAUCAUAUUUUAGUUUUAGAUUUCUAGAGAGUUCACUUCUAUUGUCAUUCAAUUCAAUUUUGAUGCACAUAAAUUGUUUCUUAGUUUGCUUGAUUUUGCAGCAUCCUUAAGUUAAGGCGGAAUAAUGUUUCUUUGCAUAACCAUUGAUUCUGUUGAGAUUGUUUUCUAAUAUU